AUGAAUGUCAUCUGGAUAGUUGCCGACACCUUUCGCAGGGACCACAUGGGCGCAUACGGCAAUCCGACGAUUCGAACGCCUUCCCUGGAUGCGCUGGCGGCCAGGUCGGUCCGGUUCGACGGGCACUAUGCCGCCGGAUUCCCGACCAUGCCCACCCGCGCGGACCACCUCACCGGCCGAUGGACGAUGUCAUUCAUGGGAUGGGAGCUUCUGCCUGCAGGAGUGACCACCUUGGCGGAGAUGCUGGCUGAGCACGGCCUGCACACGGCGGCAUCGGUGGACACCCCCUACUACCUGAGGAACGGGAUGAACUACGACCGGGGGUUCCAGUCAUUCUUCAUGAACCCGGGCCAGGAUACCAUGUGGUCGCUGAUUCCCCAGCCCGGCUAUCACAACGAGGCCCUGGAUUUCCGGGCGGCGUGGCAAAAGCGAAGGGGACCGCAAUGCCCCUCGAACCUUCAGGACCGCCAUUGA